AUGUCAUCCUCUUUUGCAGCCUCGAAGAUGCUGGUUGAUCGGGCGCACAUCCAAAACUUCAGCGACGCAGGAUCUUUGGAGCCGCACUGGGGCUACGCUUUCCGCGUGGUACCAUGCACCAACGACGCAGGAUCUUGCGAAUACCUCGACAGCGUCUACUGGAGCCACGAUGUCUCAAUGCUGUACUCGUUCAUACUAUGGGCGGUCAUCGGCGGCAUACUAUUCGUCUGGUGCCUUGGAAGACACUUUAUCCCAUCUAGACGGUCAGACGCAACAGCCCUUGGGGGGGAGAGCGAACGGCCAACGGUACGGCAGACCGGGCUAUACCGUCUCACGAGAUCAGCCAAGGUUACAGCCCGCCAUUAUCUCCUUCCGGAGAGCAUGGUAAGAAUUUUCGGCCGCACAACCCGCCUCCAAAUCCUGGUCUUGGCGAUACUGGCCGGCUAUCUCCUUAUCUUUUCCUUCAUUGGUAUCGUCUACAAGAGAUGGAUCACCCCAGUGAAGAACAUGCCUGGCGUCUACAACACCCGCAGCGGUCUUGGACCGUGGUCAAACCGAGUGGGAGUCUUGGCAUUCGCUCUGACGCCCUUGUCCGUUAUGCUUUCGAGCCGGGAGUCGCUUCUUUCCCUUAUCACUGGGAUCCCAUACCAGCACUUCAACUUCCUGCACCGCUGGCUUGGCUACAUCAUUUUCCUGCAAUCAGCCUUCCACACGCUCGGCUGGACCAUCAUAGAAGCUAGGCUCUACCAACCCCAACCGAAGAUCUGGGACGGAUUCAUCUCGCAGCUGUACAUGAUCUGGGGCGUCAUCGCCAUGAUCUUCUUGUGCUUCCUCUUCGUCUUCAGCACUCGGUGGGCUAUUAGAUUCACCGGUUACGAGUUCUUCCGGAAGGCUCAUUACAUCGUGGCCAUGUUGUACCUCGGCGCAUGCUGGGGUCACUGGGUCCAGCUUAACUGCUGGAUGAUUGCAUCACUCGCGGUGUGGUUUCUCGACCGUGGAAUCCGACUUGUGCGCACCGCAUUGAUCCAUUACGACUAUCUUCCUGGAAGUACCUCCGUUAUGGGCUUUCGCAGCGCAACCGCGGCUGUCACUCUAUUCCCCGAUGACAGCCAUGGCGAUGUUGUUCGACUGGACUUCAAUCACAACCACGACGCCUGGAAUAUUGGACAGCACUUCUUCGUUUGCUUUCCCGAGUUGACCAUAUCACAAUCGCAUCCUUUCACUCCAUGCAGCGUGCCUGGGACGAGCACUAAAGGCCAACGGCAUUCGUAUAUUCUCCGCAGCAAGAAAGGCGCGACUCGGAAACUGGCGGAAUUGGCUCGGAGAAAACUGGAGGGGACGGAGAAAGAGGCCACAACUGAUACACCAGCCACGACGUCUGUGAUUCUUGCCGGACCUUACGGACAGUCCCUUGUUGGUGGUCUGGCCGCAGCUUCUGAAAUCAACGUUCUCUGCGUUGCGGGCGGUACGGGCGUGACGUUCGUUCUUCCGGUACUGAUGAGCCUCGUCUCUGGGGCUCAUCCUCCGUCUGGUAGGACGAUCGAGUUCAUAUGGGCAAUACGAAGGAAGAACGACAUGCUUUGGAUCCAGGAUGAGCUUAAUACCCUGGAACUGGCCACUAAGACCUCGAAUCUGAAGAUCUCUAUCUUUGUAACACGGGAAGAUGACACCCAUGGUAAGAACAACAAAGCUGCUGAUUCAGUCGAUGCCUUGAAGAACGAGUUCGUGACGAUUGAGGAGAGGAAGUCGCAAUCGGACACCUCAUCUCAUGGUCAAAACACUGAAAUUGAGGUUGCAUCACCUCCAUCCUCCUCAGUCUCAUCUCCUGACCACAUCAACGAAGACGCCUCGCGCUCUUCAUCUUUCGCUAUCCACCAUGCUCGUGUUCCAGCGGUUUCUAACCCAUCGACCAGUCGUCCUGACAUCGCGGCUUUGGUUAAAGGCUUCGUCUCUAGCACUGUCCGCGGGCCCACUCGUGUCUUUGCCAGUGGACCAGGAGGCAUGGUUUCUGAUCUUCGAAAUGCGGUUGCGGCUUGCAACUCUGCGGGGAAGGUGUGGAAAGGGGAUGGGAGAUACGACGUCAAGCUUGUCAAUGAUGAUCGAUUGGAAUGGUAG